UUAAUCAAACUAAGCAUAAGCAUGGCCAGCAUAGAUGACAUAUACUCGCUGCGGUUGGUUAUAGCCGAUUUCUAUAUGGAAAAGCCGGUAUUUGGACUGGAUCCCUGCUAUUCCGAAUUGCGCGGUGGUGAAAUCAAACGCGUGCCCAUUGUGCGCAUUUUUGGCGCCAAUGCAAAUGGACAGAAAAGUUGCAUGCAUGUGCAUGGUGUUUUUCCUUACUUUUAUAUACCCUACGAUAAGAAAGACUUUGAGACAGUGCAGCGCGGCAUAUUGCAAAUAGCCAUGCACUUGGACAAGGCCAUCAAUAUAUCGCUAGGUCAGGGCAGCUCCAAUGCGCAGCAUGUGUUUAAAAUACAGCUGGUAAAGGGCAUACCCUUCUAUGGCUAUCAUCGCGCAGAGCAUCAGUUUUUUAAGAUUUAUAUGUUUAAUCCACGCUUUGUGCGACGUGCAGCAAAUCUGCUGCAAAGCGGCGCUAUUUUAAAUCGAAAUUUUAAUCCACACGAAUCGCAUGUGCCGUAUAUAUUACAAUUUAUGAUUGAUUACAAUCUGUAUGGCAUGAGUUAUCUGCAUGUGCCACUGGAAGUUGUGAAAUUCAGAAGAAGCAACGAAGAAGAGGUGCUGGCUUAUGCUAACGUAAAGCCACAACAACUGCUGGAUCCAAACUUGGUUAAGAAAGUUGCCUGCAGCGCUUUGGAGCUGGAUAUCAAUUCAAAUUUUAUACUAAAUCGCUUUCAAUUGGUUACCAAAAGCAAUGCAACGCAUACAAAUCCAGGCAUUGAAGCUAUCUGGCAUGAUGAGCAUGUGCGCAGACAAAAACUAGCGGCUAGCUAUGGCAAUGAUCAGGAGAAACUGCAAGCGUUGCCGGUGCUGCAAGUGCCGCCCACACAGGAGCGUCCGCAUGUGGAGGUCGCCGAAAGUGACAAUUUCUAUCGCGCUGCGCUGGAGAGCAAGCUGAUUAGCCUGGAGCAAACGCUUAGCGAAGAACAAACGCUGUCUGAUGUCACCAGCGUUAGCAAUGCGAAUAUAACGUUGCAAACAAGCGCCAAGGAACAGCGACGCAAAUUUAAUUUACAAAAACUAUUGGUAAAUGCUGUUUAUCCAGAGGAAUGUUCACAAGAGGCGCAGCAGUCGCUGGUGAAUGCAUCUUUUAUACAAAAUCAUUUAACUGGCAGCGGCAGUGUGCAAAGUAUAGAGCCAGAGCAGGAUUUUCUAGAUGAAACGCUUAUAGAUGAGCAGCUCAUAGCAGGACCAGUGCCACAUGAGGCAAGCUUGCGUGAGCAGGACUUGGAAUUGUUGAAUGUUUUAGCAGAGCUGGAGCAGCAAAAUGAGCAUGAAACACACAUAGAUUUGGAUAGCUCGCUGGCGCCGCUCUCCCAGCCACAUAAGCAAUUUGAGCUAACGCCAGAGCUGCUGGAUAGGGAAGCAGCAGCUGCUGCCACAAGGCAGCCGCUUUCUGAGGAUGAGGGCGAUAGCUCAGCGGAUGAAACUGCUGCCGAGCAUAAACAUGACUUUUCUGUUGCUUUGGAUGACAUCGACGAGCUGCUGGCCAAGCUUACUCAAAGCCAACCAAAGUCAGCAGUUACGCCAGAGUUGCAGCUGCCGCAAGUUGAUGGCGCUGCUGAUGAUCAGCUGCCACGCACGCCUAGUAAAGUAAAGUCCAAGACUAGUCCAACUGCCACGCCUACAACGCCACGCAGUCGCAUAAGCAUGCAGCAGCCACGCACGCCCAAGUCCAGUGCUAGCAAAUAUAAACCGCUGCCGCUUAUUUUUGGCAACAAGUCCACGCAGAAGCAAUCAGCGGAGACACCCUCGCCGCUUAGUCAACAGCCAGCAAAGCCAAAUAGUGCUGCUUUAAACUUACGCAAAAAGUUGGCCAUGUCGGAGCUGCGACGCAAAAGUAUUUCCACUGAGGAUAACAACACUUCUCCAGCUGCCACUCCCUUGCGUCGUCGCACGCGCAGAAGCACCAUCAAUUUGGAUAAAACUCAUGUGGGCUGUGAGCUUAAGCCGCUUAACAAGAAUCCAUGCUUAACGCAUGUGUUUCAAAUGGUGCAGGAUUCGCCACAGACUCCAGAGACACCUAAACAGUUGCGUCGUAGUGCACGUCAUGGCAAUAAGCAGGAAUCAAUGACAGCAGCUUCAGCCUCAACUGAGCCACAGCAUUGCAAGGAGUUAGAAAUAGUUGCACCCUCAGUUGAGCCACAGCAAUCGAAGGAGUCAGCAGCAGCAGCUACCAGCGAUGAUGAGGCUAUAGUCUCCGAUACUGAAAGCGAUGCAUCUGCACCCAAAUUACGCAAGACACCAAAUUUGAAACGUUUGCGUAGCUUUCGUGAUAGCUUGUUGGCUAAAAAUUCAUCGCCAGCUGUAAAAGAGCCAGUUACUUCAGUUAUAGCGAGUACAUCGACUGCAGCGAGUAAAUCAUCGCCAACUGCUACAAAAACAAGUUCAGCGCCAGAAAGACGCAGCACACGCAGAUCAGCCACAUCGAGAGAGAUUGAAAGUGUUGCCCAUGAAAGUGAUAAAGUAACGAGUGAAGCUAGCGUUAGUCAACUAAUAAAGCAGCGUAUGGCACGAAGAUCAGCGCGAGCGACUCAAAAUGCAGCAAGUCCAAUAAUAGCAAAAGCCAGAACAACAAUAUUAAGUCCAAUGAUAGAGAGCUGUGCAAUAGCGAGUAAUACUGUAGAAAAUCAAGCAAUAGCGAGUCCAGCUGUGACGAGUAAAAAGGAAGAAAAUGCAGCAAAGUCCAGCAGCGAGAUAAGUGUGGCGAUUGAAAGUACAAGAGCAGCGAGUCCAGUUGCAGUCUUAAGUUUGGAAGCCCAAAUGACACCACAAGGUAGUCCCGAAAGCGCUGGAAGUCAAAGUCCGGAGUUGAUGAAGAGUUUCUACGAGCACUCCCUGAUUAUAGACAGUCCAUUGUUAUUCAGCGAAGAGUUGGACAGUCCACAGUUAGCGCCACGCACUUCAAAUGAAAUUGUAACAAAAUGCGAUACAGAUGCAGUUGUUAUAACGCCCUUGGAGCUGCCGCCCAGUUAUGAGGAAGUGUUGCAAGGCUGCCGCAAGCUGGACAUACCGGAGCAUGUGUUCCAGCAGCCUUACUACAGCAAUCCCGCUGACGUAAGCAAGAUGACUGAAGUGGGAUUUCUAGUGCUGCGUAUACCAGGCAACAAGCUAAACGAUCUGGAGCCGUUUCAAAGCAACGUGUUGAAGCCCAAUGAGGGGCUGUUGGCUUGGCGACGACGCCAACUGGCGCAUAUAGCUGGUCCAGAGAUGUUGGUGCAUUUUAAUAGCGAGCAGCUGGUUAGACAGUAUUUGAGCAGCGAGCAGCAGCUGGUUAUAGAGCCAGUGGGCAAGCCACCCAGCAGACAGGACGCUAAGCUUUGGUUAAAGGCGCGCGAGUUGCAUAAGCAGCGGGCGCAGGGAGAACAGCAAGCGGAGCAGGAGAGUCCCAUUAAGAUAAAGCGUCAAAAGAUAACAAUGAUGCUAAACGAAGCUGAUGGCGCAGGCAGUGGCGAUGAGGAGGAGCUGAAUUGCAGCGGCGUAAGCUUGUCCUUGACGCCAGCAACGCCACAAGCGACGCAGCUGACACCUGUGAGCAGCAAGCUGCGCAGCAAACGUGCAACAAAGCUGCAAUUUGAGGCGCCAGCAGAGGAAGCAACAACUGCCAGCAGUCAGUCCAGUGAGCAGAGCGUAGCCAGCAGCGCUGCUUUGGAUGCACUGGAGCGCAGUUCGUUUGUGCGACAGCUGGAGAGCAUAAGUGCUGGACAUGAGCUGAGCUUUGGUCUUACCAAUGCAACGCUGGAUAAUACAUUUGGUUUCAAGGUGAAUCUGGAGAAUCUGCAGCAGGCUAAAGCAGACAUAGAGUGCAACUAUUUGACCACCAUGACGCUGGAGCUGUUUGUGCCCACACGCGGCGACUUGCUGCCAGAUCCUUUGCAUGAUGAAAUACGCUGCAUUUUCUAUGGCAUUGAGCAUAGUUUGCCCGCCAGCGCGACGUCAAAGCUGCCCAGCAAAGCUUGUGGCUAUAUAAUAGUUAACAAUGCUGCAGAUUUGCUGCCCGAGGGCUGUGUACAUGGCUUGGAUGCUGAUAUUGAAGUGCAGCUAGUGCAAAGUGAAGCGCAGGCGUUUGAAGCUUUGCUGGCGCUUUGUGCGCGCUGGGAUGCGGAUAUUUAUGCUGGCUAUGAAAUUGAAAUGAGCAGCUGGGGCUACAUUAUAGAGCGCGCCAAGCAUUUGUGCUUCAAUAUAGCGCCGCUGCUUUCGCGCGUGCCUACGCAGAAAGUGCGUGACUUUGUAGAUGAAGAUCGCGAGCAGUUUACCGAUCUGGAUGUGGAAAUGAAGCUGUGUGGACGCAUAUUGCUGGAUGUGUGGCGGCUCAUGCGCUCAGAGAUUGCGCUCACUUCUUAUAGCUUUGAGAAUGUUAUGUAUCAUAUAAUGCACAAGCGUUGUCCCUGGCAUAGCGCCAGAAGUCUAAGCGAAUGGUUUGCCUCGCCCAGCACGCGCUGGAUUGUGCUCGAGUAUUAUUUGGAGCGUGUGCGCGGCACUUUGGCUUUGCUAGAUCAGCUGGAUUUGCUAGGACGCACUAGCGAAAUGGCCAAGCUUAUAGGCAUACAGUUCUAUGAGGUGCUGUCGCGUGGCUCACAGUUUCGUGUGGAGAGCAUGAUGCUGCGCAUUGCCAAGCCCAAGAAUCUGGUGCCACUCUCGCCCAGCGUGCAACAACGCGCGCAUAUGCGUGCUCCAGAGUAUCUGGCGCUCAUAAUGGAGCCCGAGUCACGCUUCUAUGCAGAUCCUGUUAUAGUGCUGGACUUUCAAAGUCUUUAUCCCAGCAUGAUUAUAGCCUACAACUAUUGCUUCUCUACUUGCUUGGGACGCGUGGAGCAUUUGGGCAGCAGCACAACCUUCGAGUUUGCUGCCUCGCAGCUGCGUGUGUCGCGUGAAUUGUUGCAGCAGCUGCUGGAGCGUGAUUUGGUUACUAUAUCGCCCUGUGGCGUGGUUUUUGUAAAGCGUGAGUUGAGGGAAGGCAUCUUGCCGCGCAUGUUGAGCGAAAUACUGGACACGCGGCAAAUGGUGAAGCAGUCAAUGAAGUUGCAUAAACACAAUUCGGCGCUGCAGCGCGUGCUGCACUCACGUCAGCUGGGCUUGAAGCUAAUGGCAAAUGUUACUUAUGGUUAUACAGCAGCUAACUUUAGUGGACGCAUGCCGGCAGUGGAAGUGGGCGACUCUGUUGUGUCCAAGGGACGUGAAACGCUGGAGCGCGCCAUUAAGCUGGUGGAGUCCAAUGAGCAGUGGCAGGUGCGUGUUGUCUAUGGCGACACCGACUCUAUGUUUGUGCAGGUGCCAGGACGUCAACGCGCUGAGGCAUUUCGCAUAGGCGAGCAAAUUGCAGCAGCUGUUACUGAAAUGAAUCCACAUCCGGUUAAGCUAAAGCUGGAGAAAGUUUAUCAGCCAUGCAUACUGCAGACCAAAAAGCGUUAUGUGGGCUAUAUGUAUGAGACAGCGGAGCAGCAGCAGCCUGUGUAUGAAGCCAAGGGCAUUGAAACUGUCCGACGCGACGGUUGUCCAGCUGUGGCCAAAAUGCUGGAGAAAGUGCUGCGGCUGCUGUUCGAAACGCAGGAUGUGAGCUUGAUUAAGCAAUAUGUGUGCAGACAGUUUAGCAAGCUGCUGUCAGGACGUGCCAAUUUGCAGGAUCUCAUAUUUGCCAAGGAGUUUAGAGGCUUGAAUGGCUAUAAGCCAACUGCUUGUGUGCCAGCGCUGGAAAUGACGCGCAAAUGGCUUGCCAAGGAUCCGCGUCAUAUACCGCGACGUGGCGAGCGUGUGCCUUUUAUUAUCAUCAAUGGACCACCUGGCAUGCAGCUUAUACGUCUAGUGCGCAGUCCACACGAUGUGCUCGCCAAUGAAGGCUACAAAAUCAAUGCGAUUUACUAUAUAACCAAAGCUAUUAUACCGCCGCUCAAUCGUUGUUUGCUGCUCAUAGGCGCUAAUGUGCACGAUUGGUUCAGUCAACUGCCACGCAAGCUGCUCAUGCUGCCCGCUCUAAGCACUGCCGCUGAGCUGGGCAAUCGUGGCAGCGCCAAGUCCACCAUAUCACAGUAUUUCUCCAGCACCAAUUGCAUUGUCGACUGCGGCGCUCACACCAAGUCUGGCAUAUGUCAGCAAUGCGCCAAGCAGCCAGCCAAAUGUGUGGUCACUUUGCAUAGCAAGCUGGCGCAGCUGGAGCGCGGCUAUCGCCUCAGCCAACAGAUUUGUCAAGCGUGCUGUGGUCGUCUGGGGCAGCUUCAGUGCGGCAGCUUGGACUGUCCGGUGCUCUAUGUGCUGGAGGUAAAGCGGCGCGAACUGCAGCAGGCGCCGCUUAUAAAUAAAUUGUUAGCUGAACAUUUUUAAUUAAUUUCUGUUUGCUGUAUAUUUAACUGCUAGCAAAAAGUUAAAAUACGCUUAUACACUAAAUAGCAUGUGUGUGUGUGAGUGUAUUAGUGUGUAUGUAUAAUA